AUGCUAGACGUACCGAUCUUUGUGGCAGUCACUAGUUGUCAGCCACGGCUGCCAAGCGAGUCUAAACCUUAUUUUUCGCGUUUGGAGCUAGCUUGCCUUGAGGAGUCCGAGUCCGAGUCCGAGUCCGAGUCCGAGUCCGAGUACGAGGCUUACUUUGGAAAGGGCACGUCGUAG